UCCGCUGAGUUACCCCGCCACAGGAGUCUGGAAACAGCGCCAUAAUCAAACUGUGCUUAACUUUUGCUCUUUUUUUAAAUCUAGUUUGUUAAUAAAAAACGGGAAUGUGUUCGGUUCGACUACGGAGUUCGUCUGGUUUUCAGUAACUCGCCCACAGCGUCGGUUCUGGUGCCGAUUGUGAAGGAGGACAGUUUGAGCCGAUGCGGAGCGGGAGGCUAACCGGGGAAGCUAACGUUAGCAUUCAGCGGCAGCUCCGUUGUUUAUCUGCCGCUCACAGCUCCGGUCCUGUCGGCCUCACCGGGGAUGAGCUGCCCGGUGAACCUCCAGGCCCUGCCCGGUGCAGUCCUGCAGGACGUUUUCUCUCCGGAAAACAUGAGAGGAAGAAACUCCUUCACUCAGCUCAGUUUUCCUAAAUCCAGAUCGGCUCUGUGGGACGGCAGCCCUGCAGGAGAGAAGCUCCGCCUCCAGCUCUGCUCUCACAGGAAGCUCGGGGUUGUUCUCCUGGAAAAAGCCCUCCGCCUGGCGCAGCGCCACGCCCGCCGCAGCAACAAGCCCCGCCUCCUCUGCUUCUUCCUGGGAUCGGCGUCMGUGAGCUCAGAUGAGGAGGGGGUCGUAGUGACUCUGGACCGCUUCGACCCGGGUCGGGAUCGGGCUGGGUCCGCGGGCCGGGUUCCGUCCACUCUGCUGCCCGGAGACGUCCCGGUUCCCUGUUUGUUCUCGGCCCAGUCCGAGGUGACGCCUGAGCCUGUCGUCCAAUCAGAGGCGGAGCUUCAUCAGUGCUUCAAGGCGCUGCAGCAGACCCUGAGCAGCAGACAGACUCUGGAUCUGUCUCACCUGUUGAAGCUCAGGGCUCACCUGCUCGUCUCCCAGACCGCCCCCGACGCCGCGGCGUUCAGCCUCGGCUGGUCGGCCGUCUGUCCCGCCACCGGCGUGGACGUCCAGCCGGUCCGAGCCGUCCCCGUCGUCCCCACCGCCCUGCUGAGGAGUCUGACCGGCGCGGGCCGCCCGCCGCAGCACGCCGCCCGCCAGCGAGGGUUCCUGACCAUGGACCAGACCAGGAAACUGGUCCUCCUGCUGGAGUCGGACCCUAAAGCCUCCGGCCUGCCGCUGGUCGGCCUCUGGCUGAGCGGGGUCACGCACGUCUACAACCCUCAGGUGUGGGCCUGCUGUCUGAGGUUCCUGUUUAGCUCCGCCCUCCAGGACAGGGUUCUGUCAGAGAGCGGCUGUUUCCUCCUGGUUCUGUUCGGCUCCACCCACAGAGCCCCUCAGUUCUUCCAGUGUCGGGGGUCCAGACCAGGAUCUGGACCGGGACCACAGCUGGACUUCCAGCUGCUGGGCGGCGCCCAGUCGGGCAGACUUUACCUGCAGCAGGUGGCGCCGCUGGACGGCCGGGUUCUAACCUGCGAGCUGGGUCCAGAGGAUCGCAGCAGACGGGCUGAGGUCUUCAGAGCGGCUCAGGAGUCCUUCAGCAGAACUCCUCCUCCUGCCGCUCCUCCCUCCGUCAGCGACCAGGACUCCGGCGUCGAGGACGAAGACUUCUCUCCUCGACCGUCUCCAAACCCCCACCCUCCGGUGCCGCAGGCUCGCAGGAUUCAGCCGUCUGUUCCUGAGCUCUCCCUGCUGAUUGAUGGCAGCUUCUCCUCCAAUCACGGCCCAGCCCAGGACCCUGGCUCCGCCCACAGGCCUCCUCCAGCUGCUGCCCCGCCGAGCUCCGCCUCCUCGUCAGCCCCCAAACCUCCUCCUCCUCACCUCCACAGCACCCCGAACUCCAACCUGCAGCAGCCAUGCUCCUGCUGCUCCUCCCACGCCUACAACUGCACGCCCAUUUACUCCUCCCUGCAGCUCCUCCCUGCUCCUCCUCCUGCACCUGUCUUCCAUCAGCAGACCCCGCCUCCUUCUGUCUCCUCUCACCAACAGACUCCGCCUCCUUCUGUCUCCUCUCACCAACAGACUCCGCCUCCUUCUGUCUCCUCUUACCAACAGACUCCACCUCCUUUUGUCUCCUCUCACCAACAGACUCCGCCUCCUUUUGUCUCCUCUCACCAACAGACUCCGCCUCCUUCUGUCUCCUCUCACCAACAAACUCCGCCUCCUGCUGUUUCUUCCUAUCAACAGACUCCGCCUCCUUUUGUCUCCUCUCACCAUCAGACUCCGCCUCCUUUUGUCUCCUCUCACCAUCAGACUCCGCCUCCUUCUAUCUCCUCUCACCAUCAGACUCCGCCUCCUGCUGUUUCUUCCUAUCAACAGACUCCGCCUCCUUUUGUCUCCUCUCACCAACAGACUCCGCCUCCUGGCUCCCAUCACACUGCUCCUCCUCCUCCUUUACAUUAUCUUCCUCCUUCCAACAACCAUCCAUCUACUCUUCCUCUUCCUCCAGCCUCCUCUCACCAACAAACACCUCCUUUUUCCAGUCGACACUCUGCUCCUCCUCCCUCCUCCCAUCAGCAAACUCCGCCUCCUUCUGGCUCCCAUCUCACUCUUCCUCUCUUACAUCAGAAGGCUCUUCCUCCCUCCUCCAGCUGCUCACCUGUUCCUCCUCUGACCUCCUCGCUUCAACUAACACGUGCCAGUUUGUUCUGGGGGAACGAGCCAGAACCGGCCCCCCAUGAGGAGGACCGGCCGAGCCCCGGACCCCUGCCUUCGUCCUCCACGAGCCCCUCGUCUUCAUCACACGACGCGGGUCGGGCGGCGCCGUGCUCCUCCCCCGGUCCACUCAGCGGUCUGCAGAGUCCGGUUCUGGGAGAAAGCGUCAGCAUGUACGGACCUCCGGACCAGCAGGAGAGCUUCUACCAGAACCUGAUGACUCAGCUCCACAGCCGUCUGCAGGAGUCCGACAGGAAACAGGAAGUGGAGGACCGGUCCAGGAGGUCCAGCCUGUCUGUCUCCGACCGGUCCCAGAACUCCUCCGGCUCCUCGUCCAACAGGAAACAGAAGAAGAAGAGUUCUGAGUGCAACCCGGUGGUCCAAGACCCGGUGCUCGGAGACCCGGUGGUCCGAGACCCGGUGGUCCGAGACCCGGUGGUCCGAGACCCGGUGCUCCGAGACCCAGUGGUCCGAGACCCAGUGGUCCGAGACCCGGUGCUCCGAGACCCGGUGCUCCGAGACCCGGUGGUCCGAGCCACGCUCAGGCAGCUGCAGCAGCUCGGCGUCUCCGUGGACCAGGACCACCUGAUGGACGAGAACCGGACCCGGGCCGUGGAGAACGCCAGCACGUUGGCGARCGUCGACCCGGCGGCGGCGGGCAGCGUGGACCUGAGCCUGGAGGCCAACGCCAUCGCCCUGCGCUACCUGAGCCACUCACAGCUCAGCAGGCUGGCCCUGGGAGGCCACGCCCCCCACAGUGUCCCCGCCCCCUUCUCCUCUGGAGACUCCCUCCUGUCGCCCAGCAACAUGUCUCUGGCAACCAGGAAGUACAUGAGGAGGUAUGGUCUGAUCCAGGAGGACGAGGAGCAGGACCAGGUUCCCGAGGCCCGGCAGCCGCUGACGGACACCCUGAACCUGAAGCUCCUCCCACAGAGUCAGCUGAUCCCAGAGCUCCGCCCCAAAAGGCAGCUUCUAGCCGGCGACAAGGAGAACCGGUCCAACGGGAGGCCCCCGGUGGUCCGAGAACCGGAGGGGUCUGUGGGGAACCUCCUGGACCUGAGCCGCCUGAGGCAGCUCCCAAAACUCUUCUGAUGACCCACAGGGACCAGAACCAGAACCUCUGAUGACCCACAGGGACCAGAACCUCUGAUGACCCACAGGGACCAGAACCUCUGAUGACCCACAGGGACCAGAACCUCUGAUGACCC